CUGAGCGAUUUGAGCUCCAAAGGAGCAGCCUGCACUGAAUGGAAUGCAAACUGGAGCUCUUUAACAGCCUGUUUGAAGGAUGGAGCAUACUUAAAAAUUUCCUUUAACCUGCUUUCUAUCAACUAAUUAAUAUGGAAAUAUGCAACAUUAAGCAUGUGACGAGGUAAAGCUCAGCAAAAUACAGAGGGUUGCCAACAUUUUAAGGAGCACUUAACUUAAGGGCACAUGAUCAUUAACACCUCAGGAUGGACAAAUUAUACACGCAGUGAGAGCAAAGUCUAACUUCACCAAAAAUUGACCAAUCUCUUUCACGGCAGUAACAGAAUUCCCACACCGCUUACAAUAUAUAAUCCAGCCGUGGCACCAGAUAUCGCUUACUUGGAGCUGGCCAUAAAAGAUGUGAAGCCAGAGUGUUGAUCUCCGCUACCCUGGACACCAGACUGCACAGCUUAAAAAAGAUACCUCACAGAGAUCCUGCUCCAGCCUCAAGCCCUGAUAGCAAUCUUGGCAUUUCGAACAGCCCCAAGCACAGACGUUCUCCUUCAGAUAAGACCGGCCUGCCAGCCACUCCAGGCAAAGGGAUGGGUGUCGACAGCAAGGUAUCCUUGCCUCUGAUUGGCCAGCGCCGCCAGCGACUGGUCACCAAAGACGGCCGCUGCACCCUGCGAGGCCCCGGGGCGCAGGGCCGGGCCAGGUCGGGGGCCUGGCGGCUCUACCUGCAGGACAUGUGGGGCACACUGGUAGCGAUGCGCUGGCGCUGGGUGCUGCUGGCAUUCUGCGCCUCUUUCCUGGCCCACUGGCUGCUGUUCGCCUGCCUGUGGUACCUGCUGGCCUACCUCAACGGGGACCUGCUGGUGGACCACGACAACCCGCCCGCCGGCCAUAUUGUGUGCGUCAAGUACAUCACCAGCUUCACCGCCGCCUUCUCCUUCUCGCUGGAGACCCAGCUGACCAUUGGCUACGGCACCAUGUUCCCCAGCGGGGACUGCCCCAGCGCCAUCGCCCUGCUGGCUGUGCAGAUGCUGCUGGGCCUCAUGCUGGAGGCCUUCAUUACAGGCGCCUUUGUGGCGAAGAUCGCCAUGGCGAAGAAACGGGCGAGCGCGAUCAAAUUUAGCCCGUCUGCGGUGGUGGGGCUGCACGAGGGUGAGACCUGCCUGAUAUUUCGCGCCACCAACACGCUCCAGCGCCCCCUGGUGGACGUACAGGUCCGAGCGGUGCUGUACCAGGACCACGGGGACCAAAACCUGCAUCAGACGAGCGUGGAGUUCCACCUGGACAACCUGAGGGGCCUCCCCUGCCCGUUCUUCAUCUUCCCCCUGACGUUCUACCACCCGCUCAACCAGCACAGCCCGCUCUACCCGGCCCUGCGGGACGGAGACCCGGCUCACUUCGAGCUGGUCGUCUUCCUGUCCGCGUCCCAGGAGGGCACUGGCGAAAGCUGCCAGAAGAGGACUUCCUACCUGCGUGGGGAGAUCCAGCUGGACCACCGUUUCGCCACCAUACUGAGGCUAGAUGCUCAAGGGCACUACAAGGUGAACAUGAGCAACUUUGGCAAAGUUCUGCCCGACACCGCGCACACCGGAGUGGACAAAGAGUUUGUGGUGCAGAUUAACGGCGACGGGAACGACAAGAAGGAAUAGCGGAUUGAGCUGCAUGUUCGCCUGUUUGUACUCAACUACUCAAUCCUGUGGGAAAGACAUUGCACUGACGGGAGGGUUUAUUUCCUCAAAGGCUUCAGACCUUCCAGCCCCACCCAGGAACUCCCAGAGAGUGCUGAAGUUCACCUAACCCCUAACCAUUUGACUCAACUAGCGGGAAAAAUGACCGCACUUACUGUGAUUCAACUGAAAGUGGGCUGGGGCAACCUCUGACCGAUCCACACCACAUGACAAAGACAGAGAGAGAGAGAGAGAGAAGGGAAAAAAAUCAAGAAUAAACAAAAAGACACUGGAAAUACAAUUUCAAAUUGUUAGAACUGACAAUUAAAGACGUGAUAUUAAUACACUUUUAAAAUCCUUAAACAUGGCUACAGCAACACUGCAGUGCCUUCAGUAGUAAAAGAAAAAUCUAUUUUCAAGACUUGGGUACAGUUUUUUGCAGUAAAUAAGAUGGUGGUCAUGAAACCACUUCUCCCUUAAGUUAAUUUUCAAUUUGUGCUAAAUGGUGACUUUGAUUUAUUUAGGUUCAAAUUUAACCAAAGAGAAGUAGUUUCACAAACAUUUUACUGACUUACUACACAUCACAUUACUUAUAGAAUAUGAAUCAAUCUAUAUCAUAGAUCACACGCCUCUAUAAAAUAUUCUUGUGAAAAACGUAUGGAAUCGAAAGCAAUCACUUGUAAAAUAUUCUGUGAUCGUAUGUGAAGUUUAGGCAAAAGAUAAGUUUUGAAAGAAGAUUACUGAUAACAUAAGAUGUUUGAAAAAUGUUACAAAUACAAAUUAACUUUCAAUACA